CUGGAACGGACCUUUUUGCUGUAAUUGCGUGUACGGCGAGGAGGCUGAAAGCAGCGAAAGACAUUUGGGAGUUGCAGUCAGUCACAGUCAAUUGGUCGUAAGUGUCUGAUCGCUAUUCAGAUAGUAGACUUUGCGUUUUUCUUGUGUUAAAUCGUUGAACGACGAUCGUCGAAACAUGACCAAGCUGAGGAAAUCAAUGGAGAACGGCGACACCCGUGGAGCGCAUGGACAGGCCUACAAGGAUAAGAGCAAACCUACCGACAUCCGCAGCAGCAACAUUAAUGCCGCUAAAGCUGUUAGCGAUGCGAUACGCACCAGUCUUGGACCCAGGGGAAUGGAUAAAAUGAUCCAGGCUAGUAACGGAGAAGUUACCAUCACAAAUGACGGUGCGACCAUUCUGAAAGAAAUGAACGUAGUGCAUCCCGCUGCUAAAAUGCUUGUCGAGUUAUCCAAGGCGCAGGAUAUAGAGGCUGGCGAUGGUACCACGAGUGUCGUCGUGAUAGCUGGCGCGCUUUUGGAACAAGUGGAACGUUUGUUACAGAAGGGGAUUCACCCUACCUUGAUCAGUGAUGCGUUUCAAAAAGCGGAUGCGAAAGCAGUUUCGAUUCUGAAACUUAUGUCCAUACCCGUUGAUCUAACGGACAAAGAGUCUCUCGUAAAAGUAGCAGCGACAUCGCUUAAUUCCAAAGUUGUGCAUCAGCAAUCCAGUAUUCUCGCGCCACUCGCUGUGGAUGCAGUGUUAAGAGUUACCGAAGAAGGGAAAGAAAACACAGUUGACUUACAUGAUAUUAAAGUAAUCAAAAAGAUAGGCGGUACUGUUGAGGAUACCGAGUUAGUAGAAGGAUUGAUAUUUACUCAGAAGUCUUGCAACGUCAAUGGCCCAAAACGUAUCGAGAAAGCUAAGAUCGGCUUGAUACAGUUCUGCAUCUCGCCGCCCAAGACCGACAUGGAUCAUAACGUGAUCGUGUCUGAUUACUCGGCGAUGGACCGUGUCUUGAAAGAAGAACGCGCCUACAUACUGAACAUCGUGAAACAGAUCAAGAAAACCGGCUGUAACGUCCUACUCGUGCAGAAGUCCAUUUUGCGUGACGCCGUCAGCGAUCUCGCGAUACAUUUCUUAGACAAGAUCAAGGUCAUGGUGGUCAAGGAUAUCGAGCGCGAGGACAUCCCCUUCGUGUGCAAGACGCUCGGUUGCAGGCCGAUCGCCUCGCUGGAUCACUUUGUGCCGGAGAACCUCGUCAACGCUGAACUUUGCGAAGAGGUCCAAACGGGCAGCUCGAAAUUCGUCAAGGUGACCGGGAUCCAAAACCACGGGAAAACCGUGACGGUUCUCGUGCGUGGCAGCAACAAGCUGGUCUUGGAGGAAGCCGAAAGAUCAUUGCACGACGCUCUGUGCGUCAUUCGGUGUCUGGUGAAGCAGAGAGCGCUGAUCGCUGGUGGAGGAGCGCCUGAGAUCGAAUUGGCGUUAAAGCUGGCGGAUCAUGCGCUCACUUUGGUUGGAGUCGAUGCGUAUUGCAUCAAGGCGUUCGCGAGUGCUCUCGAAGUGAUCCCGUCGACGUUAGCUGAAAACGCGGGCUUGAAUCCCAUAGCCACGGUGACCGAGCUCCGCAAUCGGCACGCGCAAGGCGAAGUGACGGCUGGCAUUAACGUACGGAAGGGCGCCAUUACCAACAUACUGGAGGAGAACGUGAUUCAACCGCUGCUGGUCUCGACCAGUUCGAUAACACUCGCUUCUGAAACUGUUUGCAGCAUACUGAAGAUUGACGACAUCGUCAAUACGAAUCAAUAGGUCUCGCGACGCAACGUAAAAUUGAUUCCAUACGUUUUGCAUGAUGCAAUCGAUGCACAUGUUCGUCGCAUUUGUUUAACUCUGUUAAAAAUAAAAGCCCAUUCAUCGGUAAUUUACAGCUCUGUAUGCUUCACAAAUGUUUUACAUGAUGUAAUAUUUUUCGAAUACUAAGUAGAAACAAUAAAGUGCGUGAAUCUGUUUAUUAA